UGUAACCGUCCAAAGAUUAUAUUUUUAUAUUAAAAUUUACAAAAAUCUGUACAUUUUAAUUUUUUUGAAUUUUGAAAAAUAUUCAAAUCAGUGUUGUGUGACCAACCAGAGGACUGCAGACCCCAAUGACUGUGUAAUAAGUUAAAAAAAUAAAUAAAAAAUAACAAUAAUAAUGUGUAUUCAGGGUGUAAGGGAUAUAUUCCACUAGUUUUUACUUUAUGCUUAGACAUUUCAGAGUCAUUAAAUCAACACUUUUUGUAGAAAAUGGCAAGCGUUUUUCAAAUGACCAACAUAAAAAAAAAAAAACAAAUAAAAAAAACAAACAAAUAUGACAUUCAUGAACCAGAUCUCUGAAAUGCUUAUUUUACCCUUCUAUACAUUUAUCGAGGACAAACAGAGAGUAAAUGAGCAGGUCGAAAGUGCGGCUGAGGAUGUCGUGUCGAUGAUGCCCCUGUUCGUGGUGCUGAAAUCUCCAUGCGCUCGUCCUCCCUCCAUCUCUCCCCUCCCUCCUGCCCUCUCUCUCCCUCUCUCUCUGCUCCUCUCUCACACGCACAGAAUCCUCUGUCAUGGCGUCUUCCAACAAUGUUACUCCCACCAACUGUAGCUGGUGGCCCAUAUCAGCCAUGGACGAAGAUGGCAAAAUCACAGACGGAGAGGAGAGUCACGAGCCCACGAUAGAACACAAGCCAUACUCCAAAGACAGGCUCGUCUUGUAUCACUGGACUCAGUCCUUCAGCUCUCAGAAGGUGCGUCUGGUGAUCAAUGAGAAAGGGUUGCUGUGUGAAGAACGGGAUGUCAGUCUGCCUCUCACUGAGCACAAGGAGCCUUGGUUCAUGAGGCUCAACCUAGGGGAGGAAGUGCCAGUUUUCAUCCACGGAGACACUAUCGUCAGUGACUACAACCAAAUCAUUGAUUAUAUAGAGACCAACUUUGUCGGAGACACAGUAGCCCAGCUGAUUCCGGAUGAAGGCACUCCAUUGUAUGCAAGGGUACAGCAGUACCGUGAGCUGCUGGACGGACUGCCCAUGGAUGCUUACACACAUGGAUGCAUCCUGCAUCCUGAACUCACAAUUGACUCCAUGAUCCCAAAGUACGCCACUGCUGAAAUACGUAGACAUUUGGCCAAUGCAGCAUCUGAACUAAUGAAGUUGGACCAUGAGGAACCCCAACUGACAGAGCCAUACCUCUCCAAGCAGAAAAAGCUCAUGGCAAAGAUCUUGGACCAUGACAAUGUGAACUACCUGAAAAAAAUUCUUGGAGAGUUGGGAAUGGUACUAGACCAAGUAGAGGCAGAGCUGGAAAAAAGAAAACUGGAAUAUCAAGGUCAAAAAUGUGAAUUAUGGCUUUGUGGACCUACUUUUACACUAGCUGAUAUUUGUCUUGGAGCCACAUUGCACAGGCUCAAGUUCUUGGGACUCUCAAGGAAAUUCUGGGAGGACGGGAGCCGGCCGAACCUGCAGUCGUUUUUUGAGCGGGUGCAGAAGCGCUACGCUUUCCGCAAGGUGUUGGGGGACAUCCACACGACCCUGCUCUCUGCGGUUCUACCCAAUGCAUUCCGAAUGGUAAAAAAGAAGCCCCCGUCCUUCUUUGGGGCGUCCUUCUUAAUGGGCUCACUCGGGGGGAUGGGCUAUUUUGCCUAUUGGUUUUUAAAAAAGAAAUACAUGUAGUGAAUGUGCUCUUGUAGUGUUUUGUGUCUGUGUAUCUGUGUGAUGUUCGAACUUUUCGGUAACACUGUUUUACGAGAGCAGGAAAAUCAAGACAAUAUACAGAGAUUAACACUAUUACUUACUUGGGUGAAUACUUAAAUAAAUAUAUAAUGAGAACAUUCCAAGACUAGGAAUUCUUCUUAACAGCACCUUCUCUGGUAAUUGAUGCCUUCAUUUUUUUUUAUGAUUUACUGGUUUAUUUUAUUCAUACUAGGCUUGCAUACUGCAUAACUAUAUUCUGUUGUUCUGUCCAGAUUAUAAACACUACACAUUCUGACAUUUAGUUCACCUGUAUUCGAUUAUAAGGUAUAGCACAACGGCUAAAUAAACUUUUAAGUAUAUUAUAAACUUAAAUCCCAAAUAAUGUUUAUUAAAGGUGCAGUAAGCAAUUCCUGAGAAAGGCCCUGUCCCAAAUGGCACACUUCAUAUGCACUUGCGGUCUUGCGGUCUUACAAUGGCCACCACGUGCAGCGUAGGGUGUCCCAUUUGUCAUUUUAGGUAUCAGAAAGGUGCUCGUUAACGCCCCCUUUGCAGCCGAUAGUGUGCCCUAGAUGCACACUUUUGCUGAGCCCGCAAGUCUGCAAGCAUUAUAUCACAAAAGUGUGGACUCGGAUUGCGAGGACUUAGGGUUCCUUUUAGGACAGGGCCAAACACUGUUGAUAUUUGAAAUCAACCCAAACAAACACACCCCUUCUUCAUUGCUCCGCCCCCAAAAUGCACAAACAUGCAAUGGAAGAGUGGAUGUCUCUUUAACAUAGCUGAAGCGAAAAACUAAAAAUAAAGCAAAGAUGACGAACCAACGACAAAAAAUAAACAUACAGUACACAAGUACAACCCAAAUUCCGGAAAUGUUUGGACGUUUUUUAAAUUUGAAUAAAAUGAAAACUAAAAGACUUUCAAAUCACAUGAGCCAAUAUUUUAUUCACAAUAGAACAUAGAUAACAUAAAUGUUUAAACUGAGAAAUUUUACAAUUUUAUGCACGAAAUGAGCUCAUUUCAGAUUUGAUGCCUGCUACAGGUCUCAAAAUAGUUGAGACGGGGGCAUGUUUACCAUGGUGUAGCAUCUCCUCUUCUUUUCAAACAGUGUGAAGAUGUCUGGGCAUCAAUGUUAUGAGUUUCUGGAGUUUUGGUGUUGAAAUUUGGUCCCAUUCUUGCCUGAUUUAGGUUUCCAGCUGCUGAAGAGUUUGUGGUCGUCUUGCUCUAAAACCUUUAUAUACCUUUCAGCAUUCAUAAUGCCUUCCAAACAAUGCAAGCUGCCCAUACCGUAUGCACUUAUGCACCCCCAUACCAUCAGAGAUGCUGGCUUUUGAACUGAACGCUGAUAACACACUGGAAGGUCUCCCUCCUCUUUAGCCCGGAGGACACGGCGUCUGUGAUUUCCAAUAAGAAUGUCAAAUUUGCACACGUCUGACCAUAGAACACUUUUCCACUUUGAAACAGUCGAUUUUAAAUGAGCCUUGGCUCACAGGACACGACGGCGCUUCUGGACCAUGUUCACAUAUGGCUUCCUUUUUGCAUGAUAGAGCUUUAGUUGGCAUCUGCAACUGGCACCGCGGAUUGUGUUUACCGACAGUGGUUUCAGAAAGUAUUCCUGGGCCCAUUUAGUAAUGUCAUUGACACAAUCAUGCCGAUGAGUGAUGCAGUGUCGUCUGAGGGCCCGAAGACCACGGGCAUCCAAUAAAGGUCUUCGGCCUUGUCCCUUACGCACAGAGAUUUCUCCAGUUUCUCUGAAUCUUUUGAUGAUGUUAUGCACUGUAGAUGAUGAGAUUUGCAAAGCCUUUGCAAUUUGACGUUGAGGAACAUCGUUUUUAAAGUAUUCCACAAACUUUUUACGCACUCUUUCACAGCUUGCCCAUCUUUACUUCUGAGCGACUCUGCCUCCCCAAGACAUCCCUUUUAUAGCUAAUCAUGUUACAGACCUGAUAUCAAUUAACUUAUUUAGUUGCUAGAUGUUCUCCCAGCUGAAUAUUUUCAAAAUUUCUUGCUUUUUCAGCCAAUUGUUUCCCCCGUGCCAACUUUUUUGAGACCUGUAGCAGGCAUCAAAUUUGAAAUGAGCUCAUUUAGUGGGUAAAAGUGUAAAAUUUCUCCGUUUUAACAUUUGUUAUGUUAUCUAUGUUCUAUUGUGAAUAAAAUAUUGGCUCAUAUGAUUUGAAAGUCUUUUAGUUUUCAUUUUAUUCAAAUUUAAAAAACGUCCCAACAUUUCCGGAAUUCGGGUUGUAUAUACAAGCAAGAGUUGGUUGUUGGCAGGGUUGCCAGUUUUCACAACAAAACCCGCCCAAUUGCUGCCCGUUCCUGGGGGUAAAAUCCGUGUUUUUGGCAGGGUUCUCCUGGUAAAAUUCGCAUUCCAGGGGCUAAAUAUCAUGUUAUUUGGGGUCGCUUCAACCCACGGACAUGAAAAACAACCCGCGGCAACAGUGUUAAAGUAGCCCAGUUCCGCGGGAAAAUCACAGACUUGGCAACACUGAUUGUUAGUCACCAGCAGCACACCAGCUCCAGACAAACAAUGAAACUCAAAACUGUCCUGUUACAAUUGCUAACAUUACAACAACAGCAUAUCUUGGUUCUAUGAAACAGCAAAACCAAUGUUACUCACGUAUGAAGCAGAAACAACGCAACCUCGGCGUCCGUUUUCAGGCCUUCCCGCUUAGGUCUCUCCGGCGCUGGAAAGCUUUUCUAAUAUUAGCGCGGGUCCUAAAGCUCUUGCCUGAUCAUAACCUUUCUUUUUCUAGUGGUAUUCCUCUGACCUUUUCUCUUUUGUAAUAUCUCUUUUUCUACAGUCUUUCUUCAAAUCUCCCUCUUGCUCACUCUCUCUCCUCCCCCAUCAUGAGUGGACACGCCCCCUUCUGCUGAUUGGCUAAGUGUUUUGUGGUGCUCGGUCCGAUCCACUUUCAACAGCGUUUCUCAGAAAUCACUUACUGCACCUUUAAAGUACCCCGAAUUCUUAAUUAAGCAUCUGUUUUUGUAUUAUUGGCCAUUGACAGGUUUCCAAACACUUUGCACUUAAAAGACUCAAAAUUUUGAGACUAUUCUGCCAAACUUGUCAGCAUUGUCAUUCACUUUUUAGUGCAGAUCCCAGCACAUUUACACGUGAAACACUGUUCAUUAACAGAAUCCAACACAUUGCAAUUUUCAGUGUUAGCAAACAUUUCACAAGCCUAAAUUUACAGAAUAUUACACAUCUUACCAAGAAUGCAAAAACAGAAAAAACUAAAGAGAACAGAAUGUGUUCCUCAUAUAAGACUGCCAAUCUAAGCAUUUUCUUUCCUAUGUAAUUGUAUUUUUAUUUUAUUUUAUUUAUUUUUUUUAUCACUAGCAAAAGUCCUCAAAAGUCUACUAAACCACAGGAUGAGUAAAGUUUCUUUCUUGAAAUGUAGGUGGUGUAGAAAUGUGAAUGUGAAAUGCCAGUUCUGAGUGUAAAAAUUACUGGGACAUUUGGUAUGAAAACAAACACACCAUUAUAUUCAGUAGAAAAACUAGGCUUAUAAUAAAAAUCAAAUGGUCAUUUAAACUAGUAGGCUAUAUCCAUUUUUAAGCAUGCAACUGUUUGAUGCAAUGGGUUUAUAACCAAAGACAAUGACAGUUUUUUCUUUCUUUGUAAGUUUUCAGUAAUGUUCAGAAAAAAGAAGAGUUUGUGUACACUCUUCUUCUUAAGUCAAUUUCAUUUGACUUACAAAAAACUGUGAGACACCAUUAAAUGUUUGCCAGCAAACACAAGAAUAUAACAGAAUUAUAUACAUUAUAUGAGAGUUCUGUUUCGCCUCACACACAAGCCAUAUACAACUGUGCAGAUGUAUUAAUACUCUAUUAUUAUUUUAUUUUAUGUACUGCUGUUAGUCAUUUUCAAUACUAUAACUACAACAAAUGUACAGUACAUCUGAGAAUAUCUCAACACCUCAAAUCUCACGUAGAAAUACACUUAAUCUGGAAUGUUUGAUAUAAAUUGCCAUAAGUGUUGAUCCCUACUCUAAAACGGAAUGACUGGAAGUUAAAUUAAUACAUGAACAAUAUAUUGAUGUCUGUGGUCAUUAGACUUCACAAUAAAUUAUUUUAUUUUGUAAUUUUUAUUUUUAUAUUUUUAAAAUAUGCAUUUAUUUACAGUGCUUUCUAAGAUGUUUGUUCAUGAGCCUUAAUUUGUUCAGUUGCCAUCGAUUUCAAUAAAUGAAAAUGCUUACCUUAA